AUGGGCUCCGACGAGCGAGCCCGCAAAAAGGCCAAAAUCGCAGCCGCACCGGUCGAUGAUGCACUCGGCGGGCUUUACGACUUCCUGCCACCUCCGGAUCCUGUCAAGGACGAGGCGGCUAAGGCAGCUGCCGUGAAAAACCACCUUUCCAGACCGGCCUUGCCGCCAGCGGAGAAAUCGAGGGUCAUCUUCUUGGACGUGGACGGGGUAAUUUUGCCGGCUGGUUCCAUUGACAUGAUUGUGGUGGACGGCGUCACGCUGCCAGCCAAGAGUCAUGUGAAGGAAAGUGACUUCUCGGCACAGGCUAUGGGUAGCCUUCGUGCGAUUGUGCAGCAAACUGGGGCGACCAUCGUCUUGUCUUCUGAGUGGAGGCGUGGUGACGAUCUGAAGUCGUCUAUCAAUGCCGUCUUGAAGAGCCAGGACAUUCCAUACAUCCGUGACAGCACACCUAUAUUUCAUCCGAGGCCGGAGAUUCAGAAGGUGAAUGCAAUUUAUGCCUGGUGCGAGCGUCGUGCCAGAGAGAUAGGCAAGUGGCUGAAGGAUCAUCCUGAAGUCACUGCAUGGGUAGCGCUGGACGACCUCGACUUCGACUGGGCAGACAGUUUGAGACAAGCUGGAACGCCUUGGAUGAAAGUCCGUUCGGUGCACACCAACGAUAGAAUCUGCUUGACGGAUGCAGAUGCCGCUGAAGCAGUACGGAUUCUUCUGAAUCCGCCCGCUGAUCCAAAGGUUCCUCAGCGGCCGAUCUCCUUGCAGGUGUCGAGUGGCCCGUCCGGCGUUCUGGCCAGCACCGAGGAUUCUGGACCCGAUCGGAUACGGCUCGGGUGA